UCGCGAAUAGAAAGAAAUUAAUAAGCGACGCCGUCAACGAGUUUACGGAUAUAUUAAAAGAAUACGAAAACUCUAAGGUGCCAUCUGAGCACUGGAAUAGACUGACCGACCAAUACACGCUUGUUCAGUCGAAAGCGGGUCUAGCUCUCAGGAUCUUGGACAACUCGGCGAUUGUUCCAGAAGCAAACAGGUCUAGGAGAUUCUCUGAAAACUGUCUGGAGCUAGUAACGUCAGGGCUCUCAGAGGAGCAUUUGAAUGACCUGGAACGGUCUGUACCGUUUAACGAGCCGCCAUUUUCAUCAACCUUAGUUGAACCGGACGGAGUAGAAGAAGAAAUAUGGCGGAGUUCCCACUUGACCGAGCGAGCCAGUGUAUUCCGGAUUAUAAAGGUUCAGCAGACGAGUUGGAAGCGUUUAUCUUUCAUAUACAACACUUUGCCAAUAAAAUUCCAAAGGAUGGAUCGGAGGAGCAGCUAGUGUACGUGGUGCUUAUGAAAUUAAUGCUUAUCGACGUGGAAGACGUGAAAUCGGACGUCCCAAAACUAUCAAACUUAGUAUAUGCCCCACUGGUCAACCCGUGGACGAGCAUACCAGUUGUGAUGGGUACUGUGACAGCUUUUAUACUUGCCGUAUACCUUUGCAAAGGCAGGGUGGCCUGCUGCGCACGCAGUACCAUAAUUGAGAAUGUGCCGGAGAAGCGAGCAGAGUCUAGGAAUGCGGACCCGCUAGGGCGACGCAGGAGACUAAGCAAACAAGACAUAAUCAGGCUGGACAAUUUUAAUCAGGGAAAAAUAGCGCCGCGGGAGAUGACCGGGCAGGAGGUGCAAGGCUGCGACACCGGGGUCACCACCGAUACGCAGGCGACAGAUCACAUGUACGAGAUAGCAUGGGUGAACGAAUGCAAGGAACAAGAUACGGGACGGAAAGAGCUCCACUGCGGUGCAGCGACGGAGGCGCGGGGCACCAGGAUGGAGCGAACACAAGUGGAAAACACGACCAAAGGUCCCCGGCAGAAAUUUAGCCAGUCCUACAGGAUAACAUUAGACGGGAAUUUACAGCAAAAAAAAAGACCUAUUGUGUGAUUAUGCAAAAAACAAGGAAAAAAAGUGGGCAAUAAACACGGAGCAUUUUUUUUUAUAUAUAAAAUGCAAAUUUAAACAUGGGAUAAAUAGACAGAGUACAGAUGACCUCGUUAGUGCGAGGCAGACGUAAAAAGAAAUGGCCAAUGGCUCUAUAAAAGACGA